AUGGACAGGCUGGGCUUACGGUGCCCUUUGCCAGGCUACCCGCGGCCCUCUGUCCUUUUAUGCCUUUUGAUCCUGACUGCUUCUUUCCUGACAUACCCCAUGCUCAGGACCCUUAGCCAGCAGCUCCUUUCAGUUGUCACUGGCAGCUAUGUCUCCGGCACUUACUCCAUCGUUUUUGUCAACUGUCCCAACGAGCAGAUUGCCAGAGAUAUUGCCAGGGCUAUACUGGAUAAGAAGCUGACUGCCUCUGUGAACAUCCUGCCUAAGGCCUACUCACUAUACUAUUGGAAUGGAGAAAUAGAAGAAGCCACUGAAAUCCUGCUGUUAAUAAAGACAAAGACUUCCAAGGUCCGUAUGCUAUCCAGCUACAUCAGGUUGGUGCAUCCUUUUGAAAUCCCAGAGGUCUUCAGUCUUCCCAUGGACCAAGGAGAUGUGCACUAUUUAAAGUGGCUGGAGGAGGGCAUGGAGGAGGAAUGA